AUGAAGCACUUUCUUCUUCUUUACUUCGUCUUGUUCAUCGUUUUCUGUAGCUCACCAACUCUGGUAACAUCCCAGCUCGACUCUUGUUCCCAAAAUGUAGAUCCUCAGCACAUUGAUUUUGAUACGACUUCCCUUCGCUGUGUUGCUGUUUGGCCAGAUCAUAACUUCAUCCUUAGAUAUGCUCAGGUCUCACCAAACUUGUGGAGCUUUGUUCUCUCAUUUCCCAUAAACAUAAACUCUUAUGGAGCAAUAGGGUUCUCCGACGACGGGCGAAUGGAGGGUUCUAGCGCCAUUGUCGGGUGGGACAUGCCGGCGGGUGGUGGCAUCGAUGGAGUGAAACAGUAUUAUUUGGGUGGCAUGACACAAGCAGAGGUGGUUGCUGAUAAAGGAAAUCUUCUAUAUGCCAAUGCGUCCAUUGUUUCAACUCCAACUUCCAUAGUAUAUGUAGCCUUCCAGUUGCAAACCAACCAGCCUUCCUCACUUCUCUUAUUCGCACUUGGACCCCAGAAUUUCUACCCUACCGGCACCCAAUUUCUCUUACUCCAACACAUUGAUAUGAUUUCGAUCGACAUAGACUACGCAUCAGGUAGAGCUAAUGUAAUCUCAAACCUAAAGCUAAAAAGAAGCCAUGGAUGGCUAAAUAUUGGAGGAUGGAGCCUAGCUAUGUUGAUAGGAGCCAUAGUUGCUCGUCACUGCAAGGAGUGGGACCCACUCUGGUUUUACUUGCACGCUUUGAUCCAAACACUUGGCUUUGGGGCAGGAAUAGCUGGAUUCAUACGUGGUUUGGCUUUAUCUAAGAAAGUCAGUUCCAACGUUACUCAUCACAAGAAUAUAGGAUUCCUCAUUCUCGUCCUUGGCUGCCUACAGGUCUUAGCAAUUUUAUUGCGACCAGGAAAAGAAUCAAAAGUAAGAAAAUACUGGAAUUAUUAUCAUCACAACGUUGGAAGGAUUUUGAUGAUAUUUGCAAUUGUGAACUCUUUCUAUGGACUUCACUUGGCAGGCGAAGCAUCAAAGUGGUUUGCUGGUUAUGGAGCAAGCCUUGGCUUCUUGCUUCUUGUGGUCAUCAUUUUGGAAAUAAGAAUGCUGAUCAAACCCAAAGCACAAAUUGCCUAA